AAUAUAUUAUCCAGUAGACAAAUGAUGAGUAAAAAAAGAACAAUAAACUCCAAGUAUUUUUCAAGCGUUUUCUUUACAAAUACAUUUUGUAGCUAGCAACAGAUAGGACAUUUAGCUCAUAAGUUAUAUAACAACUUUUGCCAGUAUGAAUAAAACGUAAACAAGAUAAAUGUUUAUUGAUUGCAUAAGUAGUUUUAUUACUGAUAUCUGAAUAUAAUGUCCAAAGUACAUUUUCAAUAAUUGUUUCGGCGAUAUGAGAAUAAAUCGUGACAAAACGAGGUUAUACGGGAGCAAAUCUUUGAAUUUGCUAAUAUGACACAUGCAAAUUCAUUUAUUUUGAGUACUUUAAACAAUGGAAUUCAAAAAGUGGUGCUUAAUAAACCGGCGAAAAAGAAUGCGCUUUCGCCUCAAAUGUGUAAGGAAUUGAUAACACUUCUAAAUGAAUCUGUUGCGAACAACGAUGUAUUAAUAUUUGUAUUAACAGCAAAUGGAGAUUUUUUUAGCAGUGGCAAUGAUAUAACUGCCUCAAUGCAAAAUAGUGCGAUUGCUAUUGGUACAAUCAAAGAAUUAAUCGAUACUAUAAUUACAUACCCAAAACUUUUAAUAGCUGUUGUAAAUGGACCAGCGUUAGGAAUAGCAACUACAAUAUUGGGAAUUUUUGAUAUAGUUUAUGCUUCAAAUAAGGCAUAUUUUUAUACACCCUUUAGUGCUUUGGGUCUUGUUGCCGAAGGAUGUUCUUCAUAUACGUUCCCAAAAUUAUUGGGACAUUCUAAAGCUGGAGACAUGUUAUAUUUGGGAUAUAAGAUGAGUGCUCAAGAAGCUAAACAACAUGGUUUUGUCAGCGAAGUAUAUAAUCAUGAUUCUCUUGAAGAAGUAUGGAAUUAUUUGAACAAGAUAGCUACACUUUCUCCAGAGUCAAUAUUGGCGACUAAACGAUUGAUGCGUAAAUGGAAUAAGGAGAUAUUAUUAAAAGUUAAUGAGGAAGAAAUAAACGAAGUGAUAAAACGAUUUGAGUCUAAUGACUUAUAUGAAAGGACGUUGAAUUUCUUAUCACGGAAAAAUAAGCUUUAAAAUAACAAUAUGAAAUAUUUUAUAUUAUUUUUUAAAUAAAUUACAGAUAUUGACAUUUGAUAUGUAUUUUAAAAUGUAUAUAAAAUGUUUAUGAAAUGUAUGUAUAAUGGAAUAUAUUUUUAAAUAUCACAAU